CUUGUUCGUCAAGGAUAAACUUAUGCAAACUUUACGUCUGACCUAUGCUAUUGAAAACGUACUCGUCACUCUGCUGUGAGUGUAGUCAAUUUUCUUUCGUCACUGCAGGAAAUCUAUAUAAGAUGCUGUUGCUGAGGCUGUAUGUUACUGAUAUUGAUACAUACAUCUAGGUGUAUCUUUCAGUGUCGAAAUGAAACAGUCCCGAGCUUAACAGAAUUAGAUAUUGAAAGUAUGGAUCUUUAGUAAUCCGUCAUAGGCUACUAAACCUAGGAGCAAUUGGUUCGAGAUCAUGCGAAAACAAACGGUCAGUUUCAAUAGUUAGGAAGGCCUACCCAGCUGCCUGAAGCAGUACGGAGCGAAUGUAAGCACGGGAUCUGUCAGGAUAGUAACAAACAUAAGAUUUGCACGAAGUCAACUGGGUCAUCGAUCAUCAUUUUUAAAGAAAAAUUUUUCUAUGUCUAAUAUGUAUUUAGAGACACAUCAUUGUCCCUAACGCCAGAAAGUAACGCGAAGUCGGUUCGUUGACUGACUUUUCUUUUUUUUUGAAUAAUAGUCACAGGUGUGUGUGUGUGUGUGUAUAUGGCUUCUAUAGUAUCUAAUAGAUAGAACAUGAAAAAGCCCUUUACUGUUAUUCUGUAACGUAUUGUAGUCCGUCUUUUUGCUUAGAUUUGGGUCUGGCUACUUGGUCGGGGAUAAACGCUGUUCAAACGUUGGCGCCAACCAGCUAAACGCUAGUCCUCCUUGCCAUAAAGGGUGGCCUUCUCCCUCCGUCUCCUAGGCCAGGCCAGGCGAUGCAACAAACUUCAGUAUACUGUUCGCUGAUCAUCAUCGUCGUCGUCGUCUUCGUUACCCUCGUGUGUAGUGUUGUAUUGUGUCACUUUUCUGCAUCCAUGUCCCGUUCGUGCGUCUUCUACGUACCUUUGACGUAAGCGCGUAUUUGCUACAAUGGCAUAACAAACGUCGUUAUCUGUGACAUCGUGUGAUGACAGAGUUCAGUCAGCUGAUUCAACAUAUCAGUGCUUGUCUCUUUUAGGCUGUUCACUGUAGACUUUCCAGUGCAGACUAGUUAGUUUCUGAUGGGGCGCACGCCCACAUAGAGGCAUGGUGUGAUAACGUGGUUCUUUGCCAAGCAAACGUAUUCCGACGUGAUAUAGCAAACAGUGAGUUCUACAGUCGAUGAGCUAACGGCUUGUCCCAACCCAGACCCUGUCGUUUGCCCACACAGACGCAGCUUAACGUAGGCAGUAGGAGAAAGAGGGCAACUACAACAACAACAACAACAACGACAACGACAACGACAACAAAAGUGUCUAAGCCGACCUGAGAAGAGCGAAUCAGCGGAUCGCUUGUGCACCGUCUCAGUCCGAUGUAACCACGUACGCAAUCAUUGAUUUAAAUAACAACACUUCGUAGUGAGUGGCCAUCGUAUAUGUUUCUUCUAUGCCAGUGUAUUCAUUUUAAAAAUUUCGAUAGACCUUUGCCUAAAAUGGGAUAAACUAUGAAGGUCCGAAUGAAGACCUCUAGCGUUUCAUCACCGCAGGAUGCGCGGUUAAGAUAAUUGUACGUUACAGGCAACGAUGUUUUUGGCAGAUAUAUCGCUUUCCAUAGAGCUGGUGAUUUUACGUGAACUCUUUUCAGGUUUCAAUUGAAGAGAUGCCUUCAAAAUACGAAGCCACAUUAAAAUGUGUAUGGUUACCAAAUGGUAUUCCAUUGCUAUAGGUGAAGCUUAGUACACUUCGCUUUCUCAUCCGUAGUCUAUUGUGUUUUUAUAAGAAAAAAGUCCUUUCACAUACAACAGUAAUGAAUGGCAUCAGAUGCAUCCGUACUGCACGAUGAGAAAAAAUAGUUUCCGAUGCUUGUUUAUACGUGCAACAUUUUCUUCAGGCAAUUUCUUCAUUUUAUCUGACGAGAUGUUUAACCAUUCAAUCUAUAAGGAAUUGCAGUGGAUAAGAAAUACGAACACUGGAAGCCUUAAGUUCCUGUUGCGCAUAGAUAGCUUCCAGAUAUCAGUGAAGAACUACCUUUGCUUACCCGUAGCAAUUCUCUGAUCCUUUAAAACUGACAGGGUUCGCUAUUACGGCGCAGUGAUUGAACCUCGUUAAAGAAUACUCGUUAAAAAUGUGCAUUUAAUGUAAAAUGUGUACAGUCAAUGCUCGUGUUCAACAGUAUAUAAAUAACGGGGAUAGGUAACUCUGCCUGGAAACUUAAAGUUAGCACCUUCCUAAUCCCUAAGCAGCAACUUAAGGAUGCAUACGUGGUAAUAUUUAAAUGAAAAAAAGCUUAAGGGUAAACAGGAUUGUUAUCAAUGUGCGGAACACAUAAAAAUCUUAGCGACUCCAUUUUCGGUAAUACAGUUUCCGGACGUACGUAAAUAAUUCAACUGAAGUACUACCACUUUGUUUGAAAUAGAAACCGCAAUCGUUAUGGGAUUUGACCCAGUAACUCAUCGACCCAGGAUUGCCUAUGGCCUAACUAUGGCUGAUAGCGGAUUCAGGUUUUUUUUAGUACGAAUCGUCUCAAUGGCCCGUUAUUUCAACUACCCUUAUUGACGAUCAGCUGACAGACGAAAAAGUGAUCAUCAGCAAUUAGACGUCUUGUUUGUAGUUUUGUAUAAACUUAUAGCAGACGAAACAAAAGUUCAACUUCGAAUGACAUUGAUAAAUAGGGAAUCAAGCAGACAUUAUCAUGUAAAGUCCGCAUGACAGAUAUGCAUCGGGCACGUAAUUGAGUCGAUACUAGCCAGGACAAUAGUACGCCUUAGACGGACGGCGACAUCCGUGACCCCACAGCACGCAACUCAUAGAUAUAAGGAAAUAAAAUCUGGACUGAAUGAGGAUAAUCUUGCAAUGUCAAGAAACGACAUUAAACCAACGACAUUAAGAAACCAAUAUACGAAAACAGAGGCUAGCUUGUACACUUUGGGAACAAACAUGUAGAUCGUGGAUUAACUUACCGUACACUGAAUUAAAGAUUACCUAAUAUCUUUAACUCAAUGUACGAUCUAUUAUACAGUAGUAACAGAAUAAACUAAAUUGAAUAAAUAGAAGAUUUUCAUCACACCAUGAGCGAUAUAGUGACGGGAUCAUGAGAGCUUGUAAUAACUAUCAAAGAUAAAUAAAUUAGACAAUUCUGCAUGUACGAGUAUGCACGAAAAACGUCUUCUCGUUGACUAGAUCAAUAUAUGUUUCUUCGAAAAAUGUAGUUUUAAAAAUUUGGUGAAUUGACAAAAAAAAAAUCGUUGACGGUGGCUCGACGAAUCAAGGGUUUCAGAUGAGCGUGAGGCGCCAAGGGGUCUCUCUAGACUGUACUUAAAGCGUCUAGAGCUUGCGUGAUUAUUCAACAGUUCGUCAUACAAAAACCGCAACUAACUAGUGAAAUAAACAUACGUAUCGACCAUCCUAGAAUUCGUGGACGAGACAUCUUGCUUAAUUAUUAACACCAAUGCUGUUACUAGAUGUAACGUUCUUCCUUAACUGUCAAAGUAUACAAGUCACAGAUUUUUGCCCCCCUACUGAAAUACUUUACAGUAAUCAAAAUAUAUGCGUGUGGAAAGCUAAUCUUUACCUCUUGACAACGGGGCAAAAGAAUUCGAUCUGCCGACGUGCGGCACUAUUAAGAGCAAAUUUAAGGGCCAGAUUCUAAUGGAAGUACUUGAAAAAGGUCAAUUAUAAAAACGACAGCUUGUGUCACUUACUAUAGCCCUAAUGUGUCCAGAAGCAUAAGUGAACUUUAACAGACAAUAAAGUUAUUAAAUAGUGAUUUGAAUACACGUCAGAAAUACCAAAUUGAUCUCUUCGAUCUCGGACUGUCUACGGGCACACGAAAUAAUUUAUUGAAUAUCAUUUUAUAUAGCAUUUUAUGGGAAUAUCAGGGAGUUCCGUAGGAUUGAAACGGCUAGGUAGGUAUUAUGGCACCGAAAUCGUGCGUCGUGUUGUGCAAAGGCUCACAUUAGAGCUGUUCGAUUAAGGAACAAUCAGCAUCAGGAAAUUAAUCGGAAUAUUCGGUGUACAGAAACUUGUUGUAGGGCCAGCGUUUGUUAAGGGUUAAAUGUUCUCGUAUGGACUGGUUUUGCUGGACCUAAAGUAUGUCCUUUUUUGGACAAUGUUUGCAUAACGUAUUUUGCCCCUAUGACAGAUUAUUCUCUGUGGACUAAUAUAGACAUAUAUGUUUAAUGGUAUUCGAAAUACUGCUUAUUGUGUCCCCUGUCACAUCGUUGUUCGAUUGCCGUGUACGAUUGUAUUUAACCGCAAACAGAACGCGCAUUGUUCUAUUUCGUCUGUCGUAAUAUAUUUUCUAUUCGAACUAUGUUUAUCCAGGAAUUGUUUCUCUGAAGUAUAGUAAUGUGGCCUGUUUCUAUCUGCGAAGACUAUAUUUGUGUACAAGUCGGCCGCACAAAAAACGCUAUCUUUUGAAUACUAGUUAAUAUAUGUAUAGACAGAUCAUACUUUGGAACCUCAUCGCAACGGAAGCAAGCAGGAGGCGACCUAAAGCACUGACAUGCCUAUAACAAGCAUGGACGAUAGAUAGCUCCUAUCUACGCUUCUGUUGUUCACAGCUGAUAGUUGGCCGCUUAGUUGAAGCUUGUAUUAGAGCUACGUAUGACGAAACAGAAGAGAUACCAGCAAUUUCAUCCAACUAGGUUUUGGUAGUCUCGUACAAGAGUUUUAGAUAGCGUAGGCUGCAAGCAGAGCCGGACUAUACAAAAGUUCCACAAGUUCACAUGCUUGCAGUUAAUGAAAUAAACAUAUUUAAAAUUGUCAGUUACUAGUUAUUCAUUAGAAACGUGUAGAUUGUUCUUGCAUACAUUGUAAACAUCUGGUUCCACUGUUUCUUUGUUUUUAUGCAUCGUCUGCUACUGAUCAUCAGAUAUUAUUUAAAUGAUUGACUGGGUUCGAAUAAAAUAGAAAUGAAAAGAGGAAGAACAGGUGCUUGCCGCGUUAGUGUGGAACUCUAGCCGAUGUUUUGUACCUGCACAAAUACCCACCGAAUGCACAUCUUUACCUGUUUUUUUUCCCGUUCUGCGUAGGUACUUGUUUUAAUGCUAGUUCAACUAGCUCAUUUCAUCUAUGACUGAAAGAAAACUUACCAGGUCGACGGUGCAUCGGAUGAGCGCUCACAUACACACACGACUAAGGAAAAAUCUUUUCCACCAAGCUGUGCGACAAUGCCAUUGUGAGCUAUCUUGGAAGCUACAUUAUAGCCAUGCUUGGAGGGGAUCGAAGUAUGGGCCGCAUUUUGCUUCUUCUGUGUGGCCUCUUUGCAUUUGGCCUGUUAGUCGUUACAAGUGGUGGAGGAGGACCUAGCGGGAGUCGAAGUAACGUACUAAUAGAUUCGGAAAAUGGUGGGUCCGUGGUGAAUAAACUGCUCGGAGAUACCGCAAAAAAAAACGCUGCCAUAAAAACGAAAAGAGAUCACGGCCGAAUACGCGGGCAGCAAACAGCUCACGUUUUCCCCGACGAUCACUACCGAAGACUCAUGCACUUUGUGCAGGUGACGGAUGUGCAUGUCUCAAUGUAUCGUGCGCACAAGCGAAUAUCCGAUUUUGCUUCGUUCGUAAAUGAUACGAUACUCAGAGUCAUCAAGCCUCCAGUUGUCAUCAUGUCAGGUGACAUCGUCGACUCUCUUGGAUCAUCAUAUAUGGCUUCUGAUCAAAAUCUUCCAGAGUGGGUAGCUUACCGUAAAGUGCUGGACGAUUCGAAGGUUACAGAAAAACUUCAGUGGCUAGAUAUCCGUGGAAAUCAUGAUAACUUAAAUUUGGCAUCAGUUUCUUCAUCUCGUAACAUGUAUCGGAUGUACAGUGAAAAAGGGCGUACCUACGAACACUCUUAUCACUACAUUCAUGACCAGGGGGACGAAAAGAUAGCUUUCCUGGGCAUCGACACCUGCAUGGAUCCAGGUUCUCGACGACCAUUCAACUUCUUCGGACAACUGACUUUAUCUCGUUUUGAUGAGUUGUUAAACUUGCGAGAGCAGACUGCGGACGCCAACUACACUAUAUGGUUCGGGCAUCAUCCUUCUGCGGUCGUGUUUGGCCGAAACAAACAAGGACUCGGAAUGCGCAGUCUCUUCGCUAACUCCGGCCCAUAUCUUUGCGGCCAUUACCAUACGGUGUUCAACCUAGUUCAGCAUAUGUAUGCGAUGCACGACGAUAAUGCUCUCGAACUUGAGCUUGGCGACUUUAAGGAAAACAGAAAGUUUCGAGUGCUUUCUAUCGAUCAUGGACUACUUAAUUUCAUCGACGUUACCUUUAAGAAAUAUCCAAUAAUUCUAGUAACGAACCCUAAAAAUGCUCUGUUUCAUCUACCGACCUACGAGCCACUCGAGCGCAUCAGAGACUCUACACAUAUACGCGUGCUUGUUUUCUCGGAUGAACCGAUUAUUGAGGUGAAACUUAGCCUGGACGACGCUGAUGAAAUCUACCUAACUCAGGUAGAUAAAACUCCUCUAUUUGUAGUGCCGUGGAAGCCGGUAGUCUACGCUCAAGGCUUGCAUAAGUUACGAGUUACUGCUGAGGAUGGUCAAGGUCGUUCCGGUUCAGUAUCGUUCGAGUUCAGCGUUGAUGGUUCGCGACCGUCGUUCGAGCUGUUGGGCCGUCUUGCGUUGCAUAUUUCUCGCCAGCUCUUCAUUGUUGCUCUGUUGUGCAUUAUUGUAUUUAUUAUUGGUGGUCCGUUAAUAAUACUUAGGAUACGUUACACGGGGCCGUCGGGUCAUGGUAUACGUAAUCUGGGCAACGGUUUACUCUGGGGCCACCCAAGAACUGUGGGCGAACGUAGCGCUGGGUCAGCUACUUCUCAUGGAACUGAUUCAUGCACGGCUUCUUACAACGGCAAAAAUUCCUGCGUCGCUUGUCCUUGUUCUCGAUUUCUCUUUCAGCUAACGCUUCUUGUCUCUAUCGAUCGUCUUUUCUAUCCACUUAUAGCAUUCCCGAUAUAUAUUUGCAUUGGUCCAUGGUUUUUGGGCGCAAUAGUCGAGGAGCACUUAGGCAUCUGCUUUCUUUGGGGGACCUUCGUCGAUGGCAGCUUUAUUCCAGGCGGCAUCAUCUUCUUCUAUGCACUCCUGCUGCUGUUGGUGUACUAUAUCCCGUUUGUAGUUCUUUUGUCAUCUCGCGUUCAUACUACAUAUGCGUCACAUUUUCACACUGUCGGAAGUGGAAUCUCGAUGUCGCGUGGCACUGCGCAAAACUCAGGAGCUUCUCUAAGAAACUCCACAGAUCAGCGUCGAGCUCCACCUAGUACCAACGGUCGCGUUAAACCGUUGCUUAGUGCUCUGCUCCGUAACAUGCGGGCCUUCAGUCUUAUGGCCCUAAUCGCAUUUCAGCUUCUCUGGGCCUCAUGGUUCUGGUUUUCGUUUAGCUGGAUCUCAGUUGUGUUUGGUUUUGUACCUACCGGGGGUCUCGUAUUUACGGCCGUGCUGUGGCGCAUGGCGAGCGUCCUACCUAGAAGCCUUUUUUGUCGCAGUGUGGUAAACCUCACGCACCGUGAGGGCGGACAACCGUCCCAAACAACUAAUCCCGCAAGCAACAAUCGAUCCAGAAAUUCUAGCCCAUUGCCACCUCUGAUCGAAGCAGGAACAUCAAGACGAACUUAUUUUAGAGACGGUCAUCACACCGUGGCAGCCGGGCCAAGCGAACAAUACCAUAAUCGGGAUCGUGACCGCGACAAAGCCCUGUUACUUCUUGCCCCCGAGCAAGUAAAGCUUACCCCAAAAAACAACUAAGUAAAACUCAAAGCCAACAUGAAAUCUCGCAAUAUGUAUAGAGAUUUUUAAAUAAAACAUAGCAACUAUAAAUUAACAUGGCCAAAUAGUGGGACUAGGUGAAAAUCUGUCUUAUUAAAAAAAACUUAUUAUGACAAAGGCAGCAUAAAAAAUAUUUGUUCAGCUUUACCUGUAAUCGAACUAAUAAUAAUGCCAGUGAUAUAGUACUGUCAUCAUUAUCGAUUAGUCAACUGUCUCCCACUGGUCAAUUCUCAUAUAGGAAGUACCAAGACAGCGGGCGUGUGUGCGAUAGAAAUGCUUAUGGCUAAGGGCACAGUAGCUUCUGGUGCUGCUCUAGAAAAAAGAGUAAAAUCAUGAAAUUAAUUUAGUUCUUUCUCGAAGCUCGAACGCUGCAAAGCUCACCUAAAGUAUUACACCUCAUAAGGGCCAAGUGUUAAGGAGACCGCGUAGGCAAAAGAUAUCCGCUCGUAUAUAGUGUCGAUCCCGGCGGAGGAUACGGUGUAGUUGAAUAGAAAUUACGCAGUUAUGAUGGGCACUGAAGCGCGGAUGAGAGUGACAAUGAAGGAAUGUAUCGGUUUGUUAUCUGGUCGCGAGACGAAUGGUCGCCAGUGAAACCGUUUUUCUGUUUCAAAGUAAUACGCUCAGCCCAGGAGCAGGAAGGUCCGUUCUAUUUGCCAAUUUCUGCAUUAUCUCGACGACGUUAGACCAUCUUCGUCCACAUCUGUUGUCACUCUGUAUGUUUUUACUUGACAUAAAUCGAAUCCUGCCCAAAUCAGUCGUCCGAUUGGCACGUCACUGAGAGUGGGCUCUCUGAUAAAGUUGAAAAUCAGUGUGCAAAGUCGCUGGGUGCCCUCACUCACAGAGUACUCUUGUACCAGUACACCAACAGUUGUAAAUAAAAUAACAAGCGAUUGCAGAAAUUCACAGGAAUAGUAAUAAACGAAUCCUUUAUUGACAUUCCAUAUUUAUCAAGCAGUUCGCGCCCGCCACAAAAGCAAAGGAUGCCGUUUACGUUUAUACUGUUCAAGGUUUUUGAGAGUAUUACCAUGUUUUGUUUAUGACUGACUGUACAUUUGACUGAAAAUCUCAAUAUACGUUUCGUCUCGCAUUGCUGCUUAUUGUACAAGGCGCGAGCCACAAUUUGCGUCGCCCGAGAAACGACUCGGUUCUUGCCCAUAUUAAAACGUAUUCUCAGGUUACUACUAGAUAAAAUUGUUUGUAUUUACGUAAAUC